UAAAGAACCACAAGUCGGCAAUUUAAAAAUGUCGCUAGCUAGAAGCUCUAGAAAAUAGACUCUUCUAUUGGAUAAUCGGGCGUUGGAUCUAGUGUGAAUCCUCCAUUAGUUAGCGAUGCGAUACUGUACGCAUCUAAUGUAUCCAUCAUUGGCACAUUACAUCUUCGACUUCAGUGCUGUACCUAUUAGAUUAUCGUCAAUUUUAAAUAAAAAUCUUGAACAACAAUGGCUAAAGCGUUAAGUUUGCUAAAAACAAUACGAAAUAAUUGGAAGAAAACAUUAAUAGGAACCGCAGCUCUUUCCUAUGGAGUUUCAUACGGCAAUCAAGUAUAUGAGACUGGACAAUUAAUGCAACAACAUUGUGAAGAAGCAGCAAAAUAUGGAGACAAACCUUGUCCUACAAAUGUUAAGCCUCGUCAUAUAACUGUUAUUCUAAAUCCAGCAGCUAAGAAGAGGAAAGCCAAGAAACUGUUUGAAAAAUAUUGCGUGCCUUUGUUGCAUUUGGCUGGUAUUGCAGUAACCAUCAUAGACACACAAUCAGGAAGCCAUGCACGUAAUGCAAUAAUCAAUCUGGAAACACCUACGGAUGCAAUUGUUGUAGCAGGUGGAGAUGGCACCUUAUCAGAUGUAGUCACUGGCUUAAUGAGAAAAUACGAGAAUAAUUUGCAAUUUGUCAAGCAGUGUCCUAUUGGUGUUCUGCCGCUGGGAAACACAAACACAAUCGCGAGCAAAUUUUUUAAAAACUACACAGACUUAUCUGAUAUACAUCAUAUGAUUGACGCAACAAUGGCAAUAGUAAAAAAUAACUUUAAAUUAUUAGAUGUGCUUGAAAUCAAGGUAUCAGAGGAUAAUUCAGAUACAUCCAUAAAGCCAGUUUAUGCUGUAGGAAGUAUCAAAUGGGGAGCUUGGAGCGACAUACACGGACGUAUUGAUAAAUAUUGGUACUGGGGCUACUUACGCAAAUACGCAGCUUAUGUAUUCAAUGGUUAUAAAUCGGACCUAAAUUGGAAAUGCAAUGCAGUACUAAAAUACACCAAUCCUUGCAAAGGAUGUUCACACUGUUAUUCUAAAAAAAUAUCUUCUGAUCAAACUGCAAAUUCAAACAGGAGAUGGUGGCAUGCAUUUUUACCAAAGACACGAACAUUUAUACCUGAUAAUCAUGUUGAUUAUAGCAAAGUAAUUAAUGAAGAUUGUGGUAUCCUCCAUGACCUGACUGUCUGUACAACUGAAAUACACAUCAAAACAGAAAAUGCAAACAGCAAGUCAGCAUCUUCGAUCAAAGUAUCUAUUGGUCCAAAUGACAUUAGUUACAUCUCAUUUGUUGAGAAAGGUUGGGAUCAAGAAAGAUACGACGAGUUGGAUGUGGUACAACCGAUAGUGGAUGCAAAAUAUAUCGAAUUAUACCCCGAAAUAAAUGAAAAUCAGAUGUUUUUCAUAGACCAUGAAGAAUACGAGUUGAAGCCAAUCCAAAUUAGAUUACUUCCAAAAUCUAUAACAAUAUUUUAUCCUGAAAGUAGUAAAAAGACAGAAAAUGUAUAAAUGUAAGAUUAAUGUAAGAUUAUUAUACGAUAUUUAAUUUUUGUAUGAUACCUUGUGAUACUGUCCAGGUUAUGCAAAAAAUUUUCAUCGUAAAAGAAUAAGAAAGAACAAAGCGCAAGUUCAGGUGUAGUAUAAAAAUAUUAUUUUAUUCAAUAUAUACUUUUUUAAAAAAUAACUUAUUGUACAAAAGACCCAUUAACUCUAUAAUUGUCAAUUUACAUUAAAUUUAAUAAAGAUCUCAGCCUAUUAUUUGCGUUAGAAAUUUGACUAUAUCAGAUCAAACGUGAUCUAAUUAUCUUAUCAUAUAUGCUGAUUUUAAAAAGUAUACAAGGUACAUUAUAAUGGAUAAUACUAGUAAUUUAUUUUGAACUUUUCAUCAAUUGUGAAUCAGAGUAUAAGUUUUUUUUAUCACUCUCUUUACGAUUUUUAUACAAGCUAGAAGCUUUCGGUAAAAUAUAGAUAUAUAAUUAAUGGAAACAAAAGGGUUUCUAGAUGAAUAUGAAUCGAGUAAAAUGUAUAUUCAUUAUCAUAUAUCAAUACAAGGAAGCCCGUUGAAUCCUUCGCAUAAGACUGAAGAAGAUAUCAGAUUAGUCGCAUAACUGUGAUUAAGCUACUAUUUUCGCCUCUUAAUUAAUUGAGCUCUCGAUUCCAUCAAUUAUAUAUCAGUCUUUAUAAUUUCACUUCAGAAAAUAAUUGAUAUACAGGGCGUUUAAAUUUAAGCACGUGACUUACAGGUAGAAUGUAUUAAUCUGAAUAGUAAAGUCCUUUAUACCAUU